GUCAUUGUGGGCAGCAUUUUCGAGGUCAUUUGGGCUGCGGUGAAGCCGGGAACGUCCUUUGGCAUCAGCGUCCUGAGAGCCCUGCGGCUGCUGAGGAUUUUCAAAGUGACCAAGUACUGGAAUUCCCUGAGGAAUCUGGUGGUCUCCUUGCUCAACUCCAUGAAAUCCAUCAUCAGUUUGCUCUUCCUGCUGUUCCUGUUCAUCGUGGUCUUUGCCCUGCUGGGGAUGCAGCUCUUCGGAGGACAGUUCAAUUUCCAGGAUGAAACUCCAACCACGAAUUUCGAUACCUUCCCUGCUGCCAUCCUCACUGUCUUCCAGAUCCUGACAGGGGAGGACUGGAACGCUGUGAUGUACCACGGGAUCGAGUCGCAGGGUGGGGUUCGCUCAGGGAUGUUCUCCUCCAUCUACUUCAUUGUCCUCACCCUCUUUGGGAACUACACCCUCCUGAACGUCUUCCUGGCCAUUGCUGUGGACAACCUGGCCAACGCCCAGGAGCUGACCAAGGACGAGGAGGAGAUGGAGGAAGCCACCAACCAGAAGCUGGCCCUGCAGAAAGCCAAGGAAGUGGCCGAAGUCAGCCCCAUGUCUGCRGCCAACAUCUCCAUCGCUGCUUUUGUAAAGCAAACUCGAGGUUCUGUAUCUCGCAGCUCGUCAGUCUCCAGCGUAAAUUCACCCAAGCAGCAGAAUUCCUCCAAAUCCAAGUCGGUUUGGGAGCAGAGGACGAGCCAGAUCCGGAUGCACAACUUCCGAGCCAGCUGCGAGGCGCUGUACAACGAGCUGGACCCCGAGGAGCGGGUGCGCUAUGCCACCACCCUGCACAUCCGUCCCGACAUGAAAACACACCUGGACCGGCCGCUGGUGGUGGAGCCCCGCAGCGAGGGCAGGAACAACAUGGCCAAGCUGAGCCCUGGUGAUGCCCACGAGGUGGUGGAGCACCCCAAAGUCAGCCCGGCCGACGGGGCGGAAGCGCCGCGGAAGCACCACCGGCAUCGGGAGAAGGAGAAAGCGUCGGGAGAGCAGGAGAAGGGCGACGCGGCCAAGGAUGAGAACGGAGAGCCCGGGGUCAGCACCAAGGAGGAGCGGCACCGGCAGCACCGCAGCCGCAGCAAGGACGUGGAAGGGGGCGGCAAGGAGGGCAAGAGUGAGCGGAACAGGGGGCAGGAAGGGGGAAAGAGGCACCACCGGCGGGGCUCGGUGGAGGAAGGGGCAGAAAAGGAGCACCGGAGGCACCGGAGCCACCGGCACUCGAGCGACCGGCCGGGCAAGGAGGGCAACGGCGCGGCCAACGGCGGGCGGGGAGAGCGGCGCUCCCGGCACCGCGGAGGAUCCCGCUCCGGGAACAGGGAUGGAGAGACUGGCACCAAGGGGGACAACGUUGAGGAGCCCCACCGGCGGCACCGGCUCCGCAACAGGGCGCUGUCCACCUACGAGUCCGUGGAGAAGGACAACGGCGAGAAGGAGGGCGAGGCCGGAGAGAAGGAGCACCGCAACCACCAGCCCAAGGAGAACCAGUGUGAGCUGGAGGCCAGUGGCAGCGUGAGUGUCCCUGUGAGUGUCCCUGUGAGUGUCCCCGUGCACACCCUGCCCAGCACGUACCUGCAGAAGGUGCCCGAGCAGCCGGAGGAUGCUGACAACCAGAAGAACGUGACGAGGAUGAUCCAGCCCCCGCUGGACAAAACCACCACUGUGAACAUCCCUGUCACCAUCACUGCCCCCCCGGGGGAAACCACCGUCAUACCAAUGAACAACGUGGAGUUUGACAGCAAGACAGAGGAGAAGAAAGACGUCGAUGACUUGACGAAAAACGGGCCUAAACCAAUCCUGCCUUACAGUUCCAUGUUCAUCCUCAGCCCCACAAAUCCGAUCCGGCGCCUCUUCCACUACAUCGUCAACCUGCGCUACUUCGAGAUGGUGAUCCUGAUUGUCAUCGCCCUCAGCAGCAUUGCCCUGGCUGCAGAGGACCCAGUCCAGGCUGAGUCACCCAGGAAUGAUGCUCUGAAAUACCUGGAUUAUAUAUUCACAGGAGUCUUCACCUUUGAGAUGGUGAUCAAGAUGAUCGACCUGGGGCUGCUCCUCCACCCCGGCUCCUAUUUCCGUGACCUGUGGAAUAUCCUGGACUUCAUUGUGGUCAGUGGGGCCUUGGUGGCCUUUGCCUUCUCAGGAACCAAAGGCAAGGACAUCAACACCAUCAAGUCCCUGCGAGUCCUGCGGGUGCUCAGGCCCCUGAAGACCAUAAAACGGCUGCCAAAGCUAAAGGAGAAAAUGGGGGGUCAAUACCUUGAUUAUGAAAAAAAUGAGGUGGAGGCACAGCCCAGGGAAUGGAAAAAAUACGAGUUCCACUACGACAACGUGCUCUGGGCUCUGCUCACGCUCUUCACCGUGUCCACRGGGGAAGGGUGGCCAACUGUGCUGAAGCACUCGGUGGAUGCCACCUACGAGGAACAGGGGCCCAGCCCUGGCUACCGAAUGGAAAUGUCCAUCUUUUACGUGGUGUAUUUUGUUGUCUUCCCUUUUUUCUUUGUCAACAUCUUUGUGGCGUUAAUCAUCAUCACCUUCCAGGAGCAAGGAGAUAAAGUGAUGUCAGAGUGCAGCCUCGAGAAAAACGAGAGGGCCUGCAUUGACUUUGCCAUAAGUGCCAAGCCCCUGACGCGGUACAUGCCUCAGAACAAGCAAUCCUUCCAGUACAAGAUGUGGAAAUUCGUGAAUUAUUUCCGAGAUGCCUGGAAUGUCUUUGAUUUUGUAACAGUGUUGGGAAGUAUUACUGAUAUUUUAGUAACAGAGAUUGCGGACACGGACAACUUCAUCAACCUCAGCUUCCUGCGGCUCUUCCGGGCGGCCCGGCUCAUCAAGCUCCUCCGCCAGGGCUACACCAUCCGCAUCCUGCUCUGGACCUUCGUGCAGUCCUUCAAGGCCUUGCCUUAUGUGUGUCUCCUCAUUGCAAUGCUCUUCUUCAUCUAUGCCAUUAUUGGCAUGCAGGUAUUUGGGAACAUUGCCUUAGAUGACGAAACCUCCAUCAAUCGGCACAACAACUUCAGGACCUUCCUGCAAGCCCUGAUGCUCCUGUUCAGGAGUGCCACGGGGGAAGCCUGGCAUGAGAUCAUGYUGUCCUGCCUGAGCAACAGAGCCUGUGACCCCCUCUCUGGCCUCACCAAAAAGGAGUGUGGCAGCGAUUUUGCCUAUUUCUACUUUGUGUCCUUCAUCUUCCUCUGCUCCUUCCUGAUGCUGAACCUGUUCGUGGCAGUGAUCAUGGACAAUUUCGAGUACCUGACCCGGGACUCCUCCAUCCUCGGUCCCCACCACCUGGAUGAGUUCGUGCGGGUGUGGGCAGAGUACGAUCCCGCAGCCUGCGGGCGCAUCAGUUACACAGACAUGUAUGAGAUGCUGAGACACAUGUCCCCACCUCUAGGCCUUGGGAAGAAAUGCCCAGCUCGUGUUGCCUAUAAG